AUCACGUGACGGGGCAGAGGAACCAGGCUGUAGUCAUAUGACCUCCCAAGUCUAUGAUUACAAGAAGAGUAGGCUACAUGAGUUUGAGUUUCAGACAGGGAAAGUCAUCGGAAUCAGGUCUGUUUAUUAUUUUUCUGACUUUGAAUGAAAACCCGAAACUCCGGUAUGUUUUGGGGUUUUGCCGUGUAUAUCUUUGCUGUGUCUUGGCUACCCACAUGGGCACAAUACGCUCCGGACGAGGUGACUAUGCUGCCAGGGAUGUCUUUCAAACCAAACUACCAACAAUGGUCUGGUUAUCUGAAAGCUAGCCCCGGGAAAUACCUUCACUAUUGGUUUGUGACUUCCCAGAGGGACCCACCGAAGGAUCCCCUGGUGCUGUGGCUGAACGGAGGCCCAGGAUGCAGCUCGCUGGACGGAUUCCUAUCAGAGAAUGGCCCCUUCCAUGUGAAUGAUGAUGGUGCCACUCUGUAUGAGAAUGAAUUCAGCUGGAAUAAAAUUGCCAACGUUCUGUAUCUGGAGUCUCCAGCUGGUGUGGGCUACUCUUACUCUGAUGACAAGGUGUACAAAACAGACGAUGAUCAGGUUGCAGAUGACAACUACCUGGCUUUGGAGAGCUUCUUUGCUAAGUUCCCAAACUUCACCCAGAACGAGUUCUUCAUCUUCGGAGAGAGUUACGGUGGGAUCUACGCCCCAACCCUCAGUGUGCGUGUGGCUACUGGCACGUCCAAGGUCAACUUUAAGGGUUUUUCCGUGGGUAACGGCCUUAGUAGCUUCAACCUGAAUGACCAAUCCUUGAUAUAUUUUGGUUACUACCAUGGCCUCUUUGGAGAGGAAUUGUGGCAUGAUCUAAACACCAACUGCUGUAACAAACAAGGCUGUAACUUCUACAAUAACAGUCGGGACACCUGCAAGACACUGUUGGGUCAAGCCUUCAGCAUAAUUUACCAGUCCGGACUAAAUGAGUAUGCACUGUACCUGGAUUGUGCAGGAGGUGUCAAGUCUCAUAAAGGCUAUGAGAGAAGCAUGCACCAUCUCUUCAAGAAUUACAGGAAAGACUGGGAGACCUACCAGUUGUUGAAGUUUACACCUCCAGUGUCAGCCCCGGCUUCUCCUAUCAUCUCGCUGGGGGAGGUCCCUCCCUGCAUCAACAGCACUGCUCAGAUUAACUGGCUAAACAGAGGUGACGUGAGGAAGGCUCUUCACAUUCCUGACACGCUGCCUCCUUGGGACCUCUGCAGUGAUGAGGUUGGGAACCAGUACACCAACCUGUACCCCACAGUGAAGGACGUGUACCUGAAGCUGCUGUCUGUGGGCCUCCGGGCUCUGGUCUACAACGGAGACACUGACAUGGCCUGCAACUUCCUGGGAGACCAGUGGUUCGUGGAGCAGCUGGAGCAGAAGGAAACCACCAAGUAUCAGAGUUGGAUAUUUGAUAACCAGAUUGCUGGCUUUUACCAGCAGUUUAGCAACCUCACCUUCCUAACUGUAAAGGGUGCCGGUCACAUGGUGCCUCAGUGGGCCCCAGGCCCCGCCCUGCACAUGUUUCAGGCCUUCAUCACGAACGGAUCCUACUGAGCAUGCUCCAGAGCUUACUUCCUGCGACAUCACGGCACUUGUCAAUGGUCAAGGACAUGGCUCUGUCUCUCAGGGAAUAUGAUGGGAUUAUGAUGGGAUAUAAAUGUACAGUUGGGUUUAAGUAAACCACUUUAUCACAUUCAAAAACAGUGGAGGUUUCUGGAGUGUGCUCAGUCCUGGGCAUUGCUUUGGUAACCCUACAAUCUACUGUUUGUCACUGAGCAAAACAGUCCAGUGGUGAAGUGUGCUGUUUGAAGCCGUGCCUUUACUCAGAUGUUUCUUUCAAAUCAGCACUUUAUUAACACCAUACUUUUUAUGAUUGUUUUGAAAUUGUAAUAAAUACUUGUAUAACAACCAUGUAAA